AUGUGUUCUCUUGUUGCCUCAUUUAUACAUCCUGCAUUAGGUGGAGGUUUCGGUUUGGGAUACAAGAUUCAGUUCGGUUACGACUUUGUCGGUGACAGCUACAACGGAAGUAACUCGUUUGUGCCUGAUCCAGAUCCGCUUGAUUGCGGAGGACAUGGCACUCACGUAAGUGGUAUCAUCGGUGCCAUCGCUCCUACGUUUACAGGCGUUGCUCCCAAUGCUACUCUUGGUGUAUAUCGAGUUUUUGGAUGUAAUGGUGGAUCUGGUAACGAUGUUAUUAUUGCUGCCUUUAAUGCUGCUUAUCAAGCUGGUGCUCAAAUUAUUACUGCUUCUCUUGGUAGCCCUUCUGGGUGGACUGAGGAUCCGUUAGCAGUAGUUAUAAACAGAAUUGUUGAUGCCGGUGUAUCUUGUACUUUUGCUGCUGGUAACGAUGGUAAAGAAGGAUUAUUCUUCGCUUCGACGGCAGCAAACGGCAUCAAUGUCACUGCUAUUGGGUCAGUUGAUAGUAUAACGACUCCUCAAAUGCUGUACGAAGGCCGCUUUACUAUCAACAAUUCAGUUAACACAACUUUUCAAUACCUUCCUGCAAAUAAUCCUUUUCCUGAAAAAAUUUCCGGAUAUUCAUUGUACGCUCUUGAUUAUAAUAUAACGAAUCCGGCUGAUGCUUGCACUGAAUUACCAUCUGAUACGCCAACAUUAUCAGAGAAGAUUGUUCUUAUUCAUCGGGGUACUUGUACCUUUCUUAGUAAAAUAGCUAAUGUUCAGAAAUUUGGUGCUCAAUAUAUCAUUAUCUACAAUAAUGAAAAUCCUAUGAUCAAUCCCCAGAGUCCAAGCGAAGUGUUUGCUGGCAUGGUUUCAGCUGAACAAGGUGGUUACUGGAUCGCUCGUCUUCAAGAAGGUCUAACCGUCAACUUUUACUUCCCGGCUAAUUCGACAGCAACUCUUAUCAAUCCAUCCAACAACAUCACUGGCGGCUCAAUGAGUAUUUUCUCGUCAUGGUCUCCAACCAAUGAUCUGUACGCUAAACCAGAAGUAUCUGCUCCUGGUGGAAAUAUAUUGUCAACUUAUCCUCUUCAUUUGGGCGGCUAUGCUGUACUGUCUGGCACAUCUAUGGCCACACCUUACAUUGCCGGUGUCAUCGCUUUAUACAAGAAUGCAAAAGGCCCGCAAACAAAGAUCGAUUCCCUUACUCUCAGACAUAUUCUUGCCACCACGGCCACUCCUCUGUUCUUCAACGAUGGAAAGAAAACUUAUCCUUACUUAGCUCCUGUUGUUCAACAAGGAGGCGGUUUGGUUAAUGCGUUUGCCACAAUACAUUACACUACUAUUAUUAGUCCAAGUACUCUGAACUUGAAUGAUACUAGUUAUUUCAAAAAGACAGUUAGCUUCACCAUUUCCAACACUGGCUCAGCGGCCGUAUCCUAUACCCUCAUUCACAAAGGAGCUGCUACUGCCUACACUUUGGAUGUCAACACUACUUUACCUCAAAGAUUUCCUCCUGAACUCACCACACAAUAUGCCACAGUUAUUAUCUCACCAUACGUGUUGACUAUUCCUGGUAAGAGUACAGCUGUCAUUAGAGUGACCGUCACUCGUCCUACGUGUCUCGAAGCAAAACGCAUACCAGUCUACUCUGGUUAUAUCUAUAUUCAGGGUAGCAACAAAGAAAAUUUUCAUUUACCUUAUGUCGGCCUUGGUUACAAUAUGAAAUGUGUUGUAGUCACUGAUUUUGAAAAUCAAUUUCCGUACAUCUCGAAUUCGUCCGAUACCAGUCAAAAUCCAAAACCUAUUGGUACCAAUCAGACUUUCAUUGUUAGCAAUGGCAUGCCUACCAUAAAUUGGCGACUUGUCAUGAGUUCGCCUCUCGUACGAGUUGAUAUUCUCGGCAGUGGCAAGCAGAUCAACGUCGCUGAAAUGAACAUUCUCGGUAGCAUUCCUGAUUAUCCAUCAUACUGGGUUUCUCGAAACUAUUUUAUUAAAACUGAUACAAGUCCACUGUACUACAAUGUGAGUUGGAAUGGAACUCUCAGUACGGGUAUUCAAGUACCAGCCGGUAAUUAUAGAUUCUUAUAUCGUGCACUCAAAAUUUUUGGGAACCAAGACAACAAGAAAGACUAUGAGAUCUGGACAAGUCCGAUGUUUAAUAUACAGUAUGAAAAACAUUAA